CGGUAGGACCUGUUUAUCUUUUUCCUCAAUUUAUCCACCUCAUUUCCACUUUUCUCUCUCACUUUUUGCCGUUUCGUUUCUUCGCACCAGUCCUCCCAUGGAGAAAUACAAAACGUUACAAAUUGUUCAAAAAACCCCCAACUCUCCAGUAUUUUACAUAUACCUAAACAGACCAUCUUUUCGCAACGCGCUGUCACGUGAGUUCUUUACCGAAUUCCCUACAGCACUCUCGGCCCUCGACCAAAACCCUGAUGUCAACGUCAUCGUUCUUAUCGGAGCCGGUGGCCACUUUUGCGCCGGAAUCGACCUCAAGACCUUAUCCUCCAUCUUCGAUGAGUCCCUUUCAGGAGACCGCGGCCGCUCAAAUGAAAAGCUUCGGCGGGAGAUCAAAUAUAUGCAGGCUGCAAUCACCGCUAUCGAGAUUUGUCGCAAGCCUGUGAUCGCAGGUAUCCAUGGAGCGUGUAUUGGUGGAGGAGUUGAUAUCGUGACCGCUUGUGACAUAAGAUUCUGCACAAGGGACGCGUUCUUCUCGGUGAAGGAGGUCGACCUGGCGAUCACGGCAGAUCUGGGCACGCUCCAGAGGCUUCCGUUUAUUGUUGGGCAUGGUAACGCCGUUGAGUUGGCGUUGACUGGUCGGAGUUUCUCGGGUACAGAGGCGAAAGAAAUGGGACUUGUGUCUCGGGUUUUCGGGUCCAAGGAGGAAUUGGAGGAGGGCUUGAGGAUUGUCGCGGAGGCAUUUAUACCAUGCUUGAUAGUAUCCACAUUUCACCGCGUAUUCACCCGAAGCAUCAUGUACCCAUACAAGCUUGUCCACAGAGCAACAGGGAAAUCAGGGAUCUUGCAGUGCACACUCUGCCGCCAAUUUGAUUCAGCAACCACUUUGCAGUCCAGAUUGGGAUGUUUUGACCAUUCCCAACUCUCCAUUUAAGGUCUUCCUCCAACAAAUUCCCACUUUCAAGUAAGUUUUUCCAUGCAUAGCUAGUUACGUAUCGCAUAAGCGGUAACCUGAAAUUUCCAUUUUGAAACUGCCUAGCUUUUAAGAUUUUAUAUAACAGAGACUCGGGAUUUGACACUAAUCUCCAAGUUUGUUUAACCAACACUGCAACAUUGAAACGGUUAAAAAUUUAGCAGGCACCACGGGCAUUUGCUUAGUUUGUUUAGCUGACAUUUGCUUAGUUUGGGCAGAAGAUUUAGGGGACACCAUGAACAUCUUGGUUAACCAACAUUGAUAGAUCCAUUUUUUCCAACAUUUAAAAAAAAUAAGGUAUUUAUUUAAAAAAUUAACAAUUAUACAGAAAAUACAAAAAGAAGUGAUUUGGUAGGAACAAAAGUUAAGCAGUUCCAAAAGGAUUGGAAUAUGGUUUUCUUUUUUCUUGAAGCCAUCUUGCUUAUUAUGUUACGAAAAGGUUAAUUGGAAAUUAAGUGGUUAAAAUUACUUGUCAGUAUCCUAUAUC